UCCAACCAAACUUUCUAAAACUGUGAAUAUUUCACCCAAGACUAAAGCUAGUGUUUGCCUUGUCUGUUGGAAUGAUGUCACAGAUGUGAAUUACAGGAGGAGAUUAUUCAGAGGCGACACAAAAACGGACAUUUGUUUACUAUUUGAGAAGUAUCUUGAAGCAAAUAUUUCAAUUGAGUGUUCAACUAAUAUUGUUUGUAAAAAAUGUCAGUUACACUUGUGGAGAGCCAGGGAUAUCAUUGACAAACUUAGAACCUCAUACCGUCAAACUGUGUCCCGUUUGUAUGAUACCCAUGGAUCAGAGAGUAAGAAACGCUUGCUGAACGAGGAUUGCGAACAGAAACCGGCCAGGAGGAAAUCAUUAUUUCCAACAGGAUCAGAUUUAUCUGGAGCAUCAUGUAUUGGGAAGAAGAGCAGUGACAUUACGAUAAAAACAGUGAUUAGCUAACAGCAUACACAUCAGCACUACGGCAACAUGGAGAGAUCCUACCUGUUCCGGGUGUUGGAUCAGAUCAUCAGGUGUCACAGACUGUCAUCUACCAAUAUCAUCAAUAACAGCCUGCCAAGAAUCACACUUCCCCAGAAAAUGGUCCAGAAGGUUGAAAAAGCCAAAGAACGAAAAGAACUAUUGGCACUGCAAAAGAAGCGCCGAUCAACAUUCAAGUCCCCACUGGUGAUAUCAUGCAAGAGAGAGCAGUUUAAUCACCACAAGGGCCAGACUUACAGUGGGUUUGAUCCAAAGAUACUUGCAUCCCACGGCUGGAAGAAUAAGCAGUCGGCAGGAGACCACUUCACCCUCGUCCCCUACAGCCAGAACCCUGCUCUUGAAGGAAGAAAUCAUCAUCCAAACUUCACAGACUUUGAACUCCAUGCUGGACUCCAGGAGGGACUUGAUCAGCUGGGAUACACAGAGCCCACACACAUACAGUCCCAAACAAUUCCAGCCAUCCUAGAAGGUGACGAUGUGCUGUGUGCUGCUGAGACAGGAAGUGGUAAGACACUGGCUUACCUGCUGCCAGCCCUGGAGAUGAUCCACCACCAGAAGCAAAGACUCAGUGGAGACCACCCCCCCAACUGUCCACGGGCCAUCAUCCUUACCCCCUCCCGGGAACUCACCGACCAGAUCCUGGAUGUCUGCCAAAGAUUGUGUGAAUACACCGAUAUACAGCCUUAUGCAAUAUGUGGAGGACGUGGAACUAAGCAUCGAUUGGCUUGGGGUGAAAAGGCCAACAUGGAUAUCUUGAUGGCAACACCAGGUGUUCUACGGAAGUUCCUGGGUGCAGGGUUAAUGAGAUCUGGAUUCCUACAGCAUGUGAUUCUGGAUGAAGCCGACUCUCUCCUGGAUGAUAGUUUUUCUUCCGAAGUCUUGUCUAUUCUGCAGAAACUAAGGGUUACCGCGAGCAGUGGUCACGCAGCAGCUGGACAUAUGGAUGGGACACAGUUCACACUUGUGGGGGCCACCAUCCCCCGAGGCCUGGAGGAGAAGAUUGGAGACACCAUAGCAGUCGACAGUCUUCACAGAGUGACAUCAGAUCACGUCCACCACCUCAUGCCUCACGUGCCUCAGACCUUCCUACGACUGAAACCCUCACAGAAAGCAGAGACAGUUGUGCAGCUGGCCCGCACAAACCAACAGAAGGGCCUGCCAACCCUCGUCUUCAGCAACAGGAGCGAGACCUGCUUCUGGCUGAGUGAACUCCUGCGAGAGAACGCCGUGUCUAACGUCCUGAUGAAUGCUGUGAUACAGGAGAAGAGGCGGUCCAGUUUGUUCAGCCGGUUCCAGAGCGGAGAGACGGAUGUCAUGGUGGCAACAGACAUCGCCUCCAGGGGUCUAGACUUACUCAGGGUGCAUCACGUGAUCAACUUUGACUUCCCCCCGUUUGUGUCGGACUACAUUCACCGUGCUGGGAGAGUGGGUCGGGUGGGGUCACACACUCCGGGACAAGUCACGACCUUCAUCACCAAGAAGUGGGAGGUCGACCUCCUGUGGCAGAUUGAGACUGCCGCCAGGAAGCACCAGGCCCUGCACAAUGUCAAUGCCAAUAUCAAGAGGAAGAUAUCAUCUGUUAUAGCUCGGAAAUUCCCACAUAGAGAUGUAUACUAGAAGUCUCCACCUUCAUCUAGACACUGUCAGAAAGUCAGAACCGUGUCCUGUGUAGAGUGAGCGAGUGAAUGUUGUUCAGUGCCAGAGCCAGCAAUACACAUCUACAUCAGGAUGGCCUGUAAAUAACCAAGUCUGGACCACACAAACCAGUGACUGAAAGCAUGAACAAUGAUCCAUACUAAUCAAAAUAAACAUUUUACAAGCUAUUGGAGUGCAGAUAUCAUUGCUAAGAGCAUGUUUAGUAAGUGUAAAUAAAACUGAGCUAGCAAAGCCUAGCAUACAGUGA